AUGUCGGAUCUCAAAGUUAAGCUCACAGCGCCGAACGGCCACACAUACAUCCAGCCCACAGGAUUGUUCAUCAACAAUGAAUGGGUGCCAUCAUCAGAUGGCAAGAAGAUCACCUCCAUCAAUCCCACAAAUGAAUUGGAAAUAACCUCUGUUCACGCCGCAUCUCCCUCAGACGUCGACAAAGCCGUCUCUGCAGCUCGCGCAGCGCUCAACACGUCCUCUUGGCGCGAUCUGCCUGCCUCAGACCGCGGCAAGCUUCUCUACCGGCUCGCCGAGCUGGUAGAGGCACACCGUACAACUCUUGCCACUAUCGAGACCUGGGAUAAUGGCAAGCCAUUCGCUGUUGCUAGAGAUGAAGAUCUUACAGAGGUCGCUGAGACGCUUCGCUAUUACGCUGGCUGGGCGGAUAAGACUUUCGGCCAAGUUAUUGAUACCACCCCCGACAAGUUCGCGUAUACAGUGAGAGAGCCAGUUGGUGUUUGUGGACAGAUUAUUCCAUGGAAUUACCCACUUUCCAUGGCAGCAUGGAAACUUGGCCCAGCCCUCGCCUGCGGAAACACCGUUAUCCUAAAGCCCGCUGAACAAACUCCCCUCUCUAUUUUGUACUUUGCAAACCUAGUCGUCGAAGCAGGCUUCCCGGCAGGCGUCGUGAACAUUGUCAACGGGCUUGGCCGGACUACAGGCGCCGCAAUCGCCUCACACACAGGCAUCGAUAAAAUUGCAUUCACCGGUAGCACGGCAACAGCCCGCGAAAUCAUGAAAAUGGCGGCCACAAACCUGAAAAACAUCACUCUCGAAACCGGCGGAAAGUCCCCUCUUAUAGUAUUCAACGAUGCCGAUCUGGACCAGGCCGUUGAAUGGGCCCAUAUCGGGAUAAUGUCGAACCAAGGCCAAAUAUGCACGGCUACGUCCCGGAUUCUGGUACAGGAUAAAAUCUACGACGCUUUCCUCGAGAAAUUCAAGAGCCAGGUUAAGAAUAUUAGUAAAGUAGGCGACCCGUUUGAGGAAACCACCUUCCAGGGUCCCCAAGUCACCAAGUCGCAAUACGACCGAAUCAUGUCGUACGUCCGCGUUGGACAGUCCGAGGGCGCCACAUUAACCCUAGGUGGCCGGCCAUUUACUGCUUCUAGCGACAAAAAGGGCUUUUUUAUCGAACCCACCGUGUUCACGGACGUAUCCAGCAAAAUGCGCAUUUAUCAAGAAGAAGUCUUUGGUCCGUUCGUCGUCCUCGCACGGUUCUCGACAGAAGACGACGCCGUGCGGAUGGCCAAUGAGACUACGUAUGGCUUGGGCAGUGCGGUGUUCACGACGGAUUUGGUGCGGGCGCAUCGUGUAGCGCGCAGGAUUGAGGCAGGUAUGGUUUGGAUCAAUUCGAGUAAUGAUUCGGACUGGAGGAUUCCGUUUGGUGGUGUCAAGGGUAGUGGCAUUGGGCGGGAAUUGGGAGAAGAGGGUUUGAAAGCGUAUAGUCAAGUGAAGAGUGUGCAUGUAAACAUGAAGGCUAAACUGUAG